AGGAGAGAAGGAGAAGCUGACACACAGACUAACACAACAGCCGGAGACACGCGGAGCAAAGCGAGUGAAGGGACAGACGUGCACGAGGGACAAGACAGCCGGGGCGAGCCUGGAGAGCCCGGCUCUGGGAUGGCAGAUUCGUGCAGGAACCUCACCUACGUGCGGGGCUCGGUGGGGCCGGCCACCAGCACCCUGAUGUUCGUGGCCGGCGUGGUGGGCAACGGGCUGGCCCUGGGCAUCCUGAGCACGAGGCGACCGGCGCGCCCCUCGGCCUUCGCGGUGCUGGUCACCGGGCUGGCGGCCACCGACCUGCUAGGCACCAGCUUCCUGAGCCCGGCCGUGUUCGUGGCCUACGCGCGCAACAGCUCCCUGCUGGGCCUGGCCGGGGGCGGCCCCGCGCUGUGCGACGCCUUCGCCUUCGCCAUGACCUUCUUCGGCCUGGCGUCCAUGCUCAUCCUCUUCGCCAUGGCGGUGGAGCGCUGCCUGGCGCUGAGCCACCCUUACCUCUACACGCAGUUGGACGGGCCCCGCUGCGCCCGCCUGGCGCUGCCCGCCAUCUACGCCUUCUGCGUCCUCUUCUGCGCGCUGCCCCUGCUGGGCCUGGGCCAGCACCAGCAGUACUGCCCGGGCAGCUGGUGCUUCCUGCGCAUGCGCUGGGCGCGGCCCGGCGGCGCCGCCUUCUCGCUCGCCUACGCGGGCCUCGUGGCGCUGCUGGUGGCGGCCAUCUUCCUCUGCAACGGCUCCGCCACCCUCAGCCUCUGCCGCAUGUACCGCCAGCAGAGGCGCCACCAGGGCUCGCUGGCUCAGCGCCCCCACACCGGAGAGGACGAGGUGGACCACCUGAUCCUGCUGGCCCUCAUGACGGUGGUCAUGGCCGUGUGCUCCCUGCCUCUCACCAUCCGGUGCUUCACCCAGGCCGUCGCCCCUGACAGCAGCAGCGAGAUGGGGGACCUCCUCGCCUUCCGUUUCUACGCCUUCAACCCCAUCCUGGACCCCUGGGUUUUCAUCCUUUUCCGCAAGGCGGUCUUCCAGCGACUCAAGCUCUGGAUCUGCUGUCUGUGCCUUGGGCCUGCCCAUGGUGACUCGCAGACACCUCUUUCCCAGCUCGCCUCAGGGAGGAGGGACCCAAGGGCGCCCUCCGCUCCUGGGGGAAAGGAGGGGAGCUGGGUGCCUUUGUCGGCCUGGGGUGAGGGGCAGGUGGCACCCUUGCCUCUGGCACAGCAGUGCGGCGGCAGUACUGUGGGAACAUUGUCCAAAGCAGAGGCCAGUGUCGCCUGCUCCCUCUGCUGACAUCUCGAGCCGACCCUGUGAUCUCUGCCCUGUCUUUGAGGGACAGGAGCCGGAAAAUCAGGGACAUGGCUGAUGGCUGUGGAUGCUGGAACCUUGACCCCCAAACUCGGGGGCUGAUCGGCUGCUGUUUCUCCUGCUGCAGGGCGGUCGCUGCUGGCUCUGGGAGGAGAGUGAGGGACAGAGGAAACGUUUAUCCUGGAGCACAGAAAGAAUGGUUCUCUCAAAAUAGCCAGUGGCCUGGCCGAACUGCUCCAGGCCCUGGAUUCCCCAUCCAUCUCACUGUCUAAAUAUUUAGAAGGCAGAGAAGUUCCCAGCGGCUUCUGUACACUCAGGUCUGCUCCGCUCUGGGUACUGGCUCCCAUCUACAUCCACUUAGGGGGCCCAGCUGCCCACUCGAAGUCCCCAGGGGAUGGCCCUCCCCUCUCCCAAGCCACUCCAAGAGCCAGCCCCGCUCUGCUCCACAAAAGCCAGGGUUCUCGGAAAAACUCCCUGCCUUCCCUUGCUGCUGGUCCCCCAUCAGACUUGGGAGUCCUGGCACCCCAAAGAGGAAGGGGAGGCUGUGGCAUUGUGAGUGACAACACAGGUCAUGUGCUUGGUAAAGGGCCUGAGACAUUCCAUCUAGCUUGGUGGGUUGCGAGACGGGAACUGUGGGGGUGCAGGUGGCGGGGAGACAGAUGGAGAAGCUGGCAGAUGAAGGCUGGGGUCUGUGGAUUCCAGGGACUGGCCCCAGAAGGCAGACCUAAGUCCUGUACCUGUCCCUAGGGUCCUGAAUUAAUAAACGCCUCCUUACAGAGCCUGA